GCAGGCGAGGCAAAAGAGCAGCUUUCCUCUCCCCAGUAGAUACCUUUUAAGUCUCUGGGUUGGUUUCAUCUCGACCUCGGCCGCGAUUCUUACAGCCACCGACAUUGCGAUUACAGACGCAUACAAGAUUAGGACCUGCUAUCAGAACAGCUCCAAGUUGACCAGAUAAUCGCGGUUUUUUGGAGCAUGACUCCAAACCCAUCCACCCCCUUUUAAAAGCACAUACUCUAUUUCCUCUGUCGCUGGAAUUGAAGUAGGCGGAAAUUCCGCCGAAUUAGGGGGAACUUAGUAGCGUCCGUUUUUCUCGGUACCCGUGGAUGCUCCCAGUGUAUUGUUUUGCCGUAUUGUGCUUGGAUUAUAGCUUUCCUGUGACUAUGUACAAUAUCAAUAUCUUUCAAGCGUCGUAGUGGACAAUUCGAAUUGCCUGCCGUCCACAACACAGAGCUACGUGUCGCUGCUUUGUUGUUACGGUCUUAAAUCAUCAAGAGGUGGAAUUCGAGAGUCAGAAUGCAGACCUAACAUCAUAACUGCUUUCGCUCCGGUGACUCCCCCAGUUGAAGCGCUGCACUUUGCCAUGCGAUUCAAGUUUGAUCAAUUACCGGCAAAGGAGGACAACGACUUCAACUUAUUUUAACGGCUUCUUUCCGUUCAUCUCUUUUUGCACAGCUGUUUGUGGGAAGGCACUGGUCAUCAUGGACCUCAAAGUAGAAUCAGAGGAGAUGGACUGCAACCGACCGGUGCCCAUUGAAGUUUUCGCGAGCAGAUCCACCCUGCACGGCAUCUCGCAUAUGUUCACUUAUGAGCGGAUCUGCAUUAGGCGCUGUCUGUGGAUUUUGUUCUUUCUGGGCUCGGUUACUUUCCUGGUGUGCACGUGUGUAGACCGCAUACAGUUUUACUUUGCGUACCCGCAUGUCACCAAACUGGACGAGGUGUCAGCGCCAGCAAUACUCUUCCCAGUUGUUACCUUCUGCAACCUGAACUCCUUCCGCUUCAGCCGGGUGACGCGCAAUGACUUGUACCACGCUGGAGAGCUGCUGGCCCUGCUUAACCGAAGGUACGAGAUUCGGGACACACACCUGGUGGAGGACAGCGUUCUGGAAACCCUGAAGGUCAAGGCCGACUUCCACAACUUCAAGCCCCGCCCCUUCAAUAUGCGCGAGUUCUACGACCGCACCGGGCAUGACAUCAAGGACAUGCUCCUGUCCUGUCAUUUCCGCGGGAUGGAGUGCAGUGCAGAAGACUUCACAGUGAUCUUCACCCGGUAUGGGAAGUGCUACACCUUUAACUCGGGGCAAGAUGGCCGCCCGCUACUGGUCACCAUGAAGGGUGGGACAGGGAACGGGCUGGAGAUUAUGCUGGACAUCCAGCAAGAUGAGUACCUGCCAGUUUGGGGAGAGACAGAUGAGACGUCAUUUGAAGCUGGGAUCAAAGUUCAGAUCCACAGCCAGGACGAGCCACCGUUUAUUGACCAGCUUGGCUUUGGGGUGGCACCAGGAUUCCAGACAUUUGUGUCCUGCCAGGAGCAGCGGCUGAUGUACUUGCCACCACCCUGGGGGGACUGCAAGGCCACGCCCAUGGACUCUGAGUUCUUCAGUACCUACAGCAUCACAGCCUGUCGCAUUGACUGCGAAACACGUUACCUGGUGGAGAACUGCAACUGCCGAAUGGUGCACAUGCCUGGAGAUGCUCCAUACUGCACCCCAGAACAGUACAAAGAGUGUGCCGAUCCUGCUCUGGACUUCCUGGUGGAGAAAGACAAUGAUUAUUGUGUGUGUGAGACUCCGUGUAACAUGACUCGCUAUGGGAAAGAGUUGUCCUUCGUUAGGAUCCCUAGCAAGGCCUCCGCCAAGUACCUGGCCAAGAAGUUCAACAAGUCUGAGCAAUACAUUGCGGAUAAUAUCCUUGUGCUGGAUAUCUUCUUUGAGGCCUUGAACUACGAGACCAUUGAGCAGAAGAAAGCCUAUGAGCUGGCUGGCCUGUUAGGUGACAUUGGUGGUCAGAUGGGGCUGUUUAUAGGAGCCAGUCUCCUAACCAUUCUGGAGCUCUUUGACUAUCUGUAUGAGGUGAUCAAGUACAAGCUGUGCCGGUGCUCAAGGAAGAAAGGCAAGCGCAGCAACAACAAUGACCGCGGUGCAGUGCUAAGCCUGGACGAUGUGAAACGUCACGCACCCUGUGAGAAUCUCCGUGCUCCAUCCACGUACCCAGCCAAUAUGCUACCUCAUCACCCAGGGCAGGGCAACUUUGAGGACUUCACCUGCUGAGCCAAUCACAAUGGAGCAAGAAGGCGGAGCCUUGUAGUAUGCUACCAAAGUCAACACCUUCAACAGGAACUUUCAACAAGGAAAUUAUGGAAUUCAAGCAGAUUUUAACGGGGGAAAUAGAUUUUUUCUACUUUCAAUGGGAAACAAAUCAUCCACCACAACAAUGAAAAAGCCCCAACUAAAGUCAAGUAGAAGCAGAAAAUAUGAAACACAAAUCAGAACCCUAACCUUUUAAAGGAGUAACAUUUACAGGAAUUAAUGACACUGCCUCAGAAGAGAUGCCUCUCGAAGCCUGGCAGAUUUGGAGCUCUGUGUCUUGAAGACAGAAAUUGAAAUUUACCAUCGAAUGGACACUGUCCCAGCGCGAGAGUCUUUCAUACCAAGCUCCAUGCCUUUAUUGCAGCAACACAAACUUUCCAGGGAAGACUGGCUCAUUUGGAUGGUACAGUAGAAAAUUGUAGUGCUUACUCCGCUGUACAUGUAGCAGUAUUUGUAACUGCUGCCGUCCUCCACAGGGCUGCAGCAGGACUCAGUGUAUUUCUUAUCAGAAUGUAUCUUCCCAAUGGGUUAAAACAGCAGAAAGGGAAAUUCCAAGGUUAGCGGGUGAUGAGGGUGGGGGGUUAGGCUUAGAGACUUCCACCAUUUAGGGAACUGAGGUUUAGUUAGAUGUGUGGUGAAAUUCUUCAGGUCUCAUCUGGCAAAUGCAUGCUUGUAUUCGUCCUCUAGUGCACGUGCAUUUUUAUUUUCCUUUUUUAUUGCCACGUUUGCCUCAAUUACAUAUGGCCUGGAGUUUUGAAAGGGAAAUGUGACUUAACUUUGUCUCUGUUUUAGAAUGUUUCUUUUUUA